UUGUUGUGUGUAUUCCCGUGCUCGCAUCGCCAUCUUGUUGCAAUCCUAUUUUUUACGUAUGCGAGGAUCUACUUUGCGUUCGCCCGGAUUAAAAAUUGACCGUCUGCUUUCAGGAGAAACACAGCGGACGAGGAGCUCGGGCCUGCGGGUGUGAACCGUGCACACGGCGCUUCCUACCGGGACACCAUCUACCCCCCCUCGGUCUUUUUCCUCCUUUCGUCCCGGGCCACCGGGUCGCCUGCCGUGAGGGUUUACGCGCAAUGAGCAUCGAUACACUUUUGGAGGCGGCCAGAUAUCUGGAAUGGCAAGCCCAGCAACAACAGAUCACACGUGAGGAGGAGCAGCGCAACGACAAGGAGCUCCUCAAAAGGGAGGAGGAGUCAAGGCGAGUGGAACUUGUGACCUCGUCGUCUCAGCCAGUCAGAGCCAACCACAUCACUUGGGGCGAUGACGCUCACCGCCAACAGUCGCAUCACCUUCCCGCCCCUCCGCCCCCCCCUCUCCCACCUCCUCAAGUCCCCAUCGCUGUCAUCCCAAUGGUUCCAGUUGUCACCGCAACGCCCUCGGUCCCACGCCUUCCCCUCACAACGCAGAUUGCUGCGGCGGCAACUUCCCUCAACGGCUCGCCACCAGCCAAGAACGCUUCCUCCCCUCCACAGCAGCAGCAGCCGGCCUCUCCUCACCUGUUGUGCACCCCCCAGAUAAAGGUAGAGACUGCCCAACUAAAGGUAGAGACUGCCCAGGUUAAGUUGGAGACUACCCCGAUUAAGGUAGAAACUGCCCCCAUUAAGUUAGAGACUAGUCCGCAGCUGAUUGAUGCAAAGCCCAGCCAAUCACAGCCUCAGGUUCAGAUUCAGUACUCAACCUCCAUCAGCACUAAUGGCUCUGGCUCUCAACAUGCACUGGUUCCCCAUCAAGCUCCACCUUCAUCUCAGCCGCGGCCUAAUGGAGUGACGAUGGAGGACCUGAGGGGGAUGGAAGGAAAGAGGAGACCAGGAGGAGCGGGGACUAGAGAGGUGCAUAAUAAACUGGAGAAGAACAGACGAGCGCACCUCAAAGAGUGUUUUGAGACGCUGAAGAAGAACGUUCCAAAUGUCGAUGAGAAGAAAACCUCCAACCUCAGUGUUCUCCGCAGUGCUUUGCGUUACAUACAGACUCUGAAGCGUAAGGAGAAGGAGUUUGAGCACGAGAUGGAGCGUUUGGCCAGAGAGAAGAUCGCCACACAGCAGCGGCUGGCCGAGCUGAAGAACGAGCUCAGCCAGUGCAUGGACGCCAUCGAGAUCGACAGAGUCCUCCGACAGACCAUCCAGCCGGAGGACGACCAGGCCUCCACGUCCACAGCCUCAGAAGGAGAAGACAACUUUGAGCAGGACAUUGACGAGGAUGUUCCCGCUCCCCCUGCUACGACGUCCCUCCCCAAACCAACACCUGCCAUCUUACAAGCCCAGCCGCUCCUCACCCCCCACCUAUCAAUCCAGCACGCCACCCUGCCUCUCUCUGGAGUCCUGACCACGCCCUCCCCCUCUGCUCCCCCUCAAGCCAUCGCGCCUGCUCCGGCUCCAGGUCCGCCCCCUCCGCAGCCUUCCCAUCCUAUUCAGCAACCAGCAAUGCAGGUCCAGCCCACCGUCAUUGCUCAUGCCGCCGUCUCCCACCCUUCAGUCAUCCAGGCUGUCAAUCAUGGCCUUCCAGCUAAUCACCUCAAACACCUAACGCACAUUGCCCCGUCACCCGGCCCCACCACCUCCAUUCCCCAGCCAAUUGCAGCAGCACCAGCUGCCGCCACCCACCAGCCGAUAGCCGCCCAGCCCAUCGGACACAUCACCGUCCACCCGGUGGCUCACCUGGGAGGUCCACUGCCAUCCCACCUCCCGACUCUCUACCCCCAGGGCGUGUCUGUCUCCCAGCCCACCAUGGUGGGCCACAUCACCCACACUUUUGCCCAUCACACCUUGCCGCACGUCCAGGCGAAUCCUCAAGCUAACACUAAUGGAGCCCAGGUGAACAGCGCAGCCGUGAUCAGCCAGGGCAGCCCGUCGUUAGGAAAGCCCACAGCAGUGCUGGCCCCCCACCCCCAGCUGGUUGGACAGGCUGCCGUCCUCAACCCUGUCACCAUGGUUACAGUCCCAACGUUCCCUGUCAGCACACUCAAACUGGCCUGAAAGAGUAAAAAAACAAAACAAAAGUGGAACGGAUGGAAUUCAGUUGAAGGAGAGAAAGAUUCAGAACUUGGAUGAGUUUAUACACUCCUAUCAAUAAUCAAUAGCAGAGAGUCUCUGAUCGACACCUGAAAAUUUACAAAACAUCAACUGUUGUUUUGGACAACAGCUCUGUUAGUUUGUGAACAAUAACGUGAAAGCGGAGUCAGUGGGUCAGGCCAUUGUUCGUGAAAGUAAGACUGUGACAUUUGUCUGCGCUGCAAAGACAGGAACUCUGUUUUACCUUCCUUCCUUGCCUUCUUCCCUCCUUCCUCUCCUUCCUUCCUUCCUUCCUCCUCUCCUUCCUUUACAACCAGAAGCACUAACAUAAUAAGCUCAGUUCACACUCAGGCAUCAAGGACUUACCUUAACAAUUCAUUCACUCAUAGAGGGAAAACGCACGAGAGAAAGAGAGAGUUGUUUGUCGUUCGGCUGUUGCCAUGGUGAUACAGUAUGUGCCCGUUUUUGUAUUCAUAUAAUCAUGAUGUCACCUAGGACCUUGUGGUGGAAUAAUGUCACUGAUGUGGUUGAGAGCAGGAGGAGGGAGCUUGGUCGUCUCACUGAUCUGAAUCAGUUACAGACUGGCGUGAUGGAGUGUGACGUAGACCACAUUACAUCGUCAGCUCAAGAGUCUCAGUUUCUGAUGCAGUUCUUUAUUGUUUGACGUCAGGAAACUGUACCAUGACAGGAAAGUUACUAAUUUAUAUUGCCGUCAUUUUUUCCUUUUGCUUUUGUUUUCGAUUUUACUCCAAGUGAUUGUUUGGCCAUCUAUCUACCUUUAAAUGAAGGUUCCUCACUGCUGCACCUGCCACUUCACACCUUGCAGAUAGUUUAAGAAAAAAAAAUGAGCAGUGCAAUAAUAAACCCGAGAUUCAAUCUGAAGAUAUAAAUAACAAUAAUUUAUACAAUUUACUUCUGGUUUGAGUGUCUGAUGAUGUCCCAUUCAACAGUGGAUUUAUUUUUCCACUUCCUCUUAUGGCCUUCUUUUUGAAAGGCGACUUGAAAACAGUGGAGUAUCCCUCUCUUUGAAAUUGGAGGAACUCCAGAAAAGAGGAGCGGGGUCAAAGGCGGCUGUUUGGAUUGCUCAACAUACAGAAGCAUCUGUUUUUACUGGCCCUGAGGAGAAGUCUAGAGACAACAUGACCUUUGCCUGCUGGUUAUUGUAGAGUGGAUUUCCUUGUAGGAAGUUCAACAACUACAGAGUCAAAGGUAGAGCAGCAAGCGUGAGAUAAACAGUAAGAAAGUGAUGUGGUCAGUUUAAUGUAUAACGGCAGUAAACUCCAGUUUUGACACGAUGAGCUGCCCCACAGUCAGAAUUAAAUGUCAAGUUUUCAAAUCAAUCAAGGACUGUGUGGACGUAAUGCCGAACAAGAAUCCACACGUAAAGAUGUCUGCUUGUCACGAAUGCCUGAAAUUUGUGUGUGGAAUUGAAUUUCAAAGACGGAAACGAUCCCACACAACUGCUCUCGAAACAUUCAGUGCCAGGUUUCCCUCUGUAGGGCUAUACAGAUUCUCAUCUUCCUCACUCUGAUGCAACAGCUCCCUCUGCUGCCUCGUCCCAUUCACGCCUCAUUCUGAUGUCGCACACAACACUUGGGGCACAACACAAACUUCCUGCAGAGACUUGGAAAAUGAUGAGACAUGCUGAGUGGAAAAGUUCACUUUUGACAUUGACAACUCGAGAAAGACUCAAGUGUUGUACUGCUUUUUUUUACGUACAGUACGAAAAUGUGGUGAUAUCUCCAGAAAAACUACAAGUUAGCGGUCCAGUUUGUAGGAUUUAGGGGGACAUAUUGGCAAAAAUGGAAUAUAAUGUAAUAACUGUAUUUUCUUUAGUGUAUUAUCAACUAAAAAAAAGGCCUGUUGCACCACCAUGUUUCUACAGUAGCCUAUUACAGACAAACCAAACACUGACUUCUUUUUUCAGUGUUUUUGUGGUUUUAAUUGCUGCGUCUGUUAGUUCUGGCAAGGAGGAGACCUCUGUGGAUAAUUUAGCUCCUGGUUAAAACUUCCUGAACAAUGAACACUGAAGGAAUUCUAAUCAGGAGACGUUCCAGCUGGUUGCAAUCUCUGAUCCUCACCGAUAAAUAAAUCCCCCUAAAUCUUACACACUGCUCCUUUUUGAAACAAGGAGAAGUACAUUUUUAUCAUUUGUAAGUUUCGAAAAGUUUGGAUAUAGCACAAAAAUAUCAAAAAGACUGGAAAUAAUAUUUUUUAGGUUGAAGAUUGGUUUACAUGUAUUGCAGGUUUGUGAAAAAUUUGGAAGCAGCGUGAUCUUUUUUCGACAGCAAUUACCGAACAUCAGAAAAUCAGUUUCAGAAUAUUUUCAUGUUAAAAUGGAAAGUGUGUUGUGACACCCACCUCUUGAUGUGUGUCUUUUGUACGUGUUUGUCUACGUGUGUUUACGUGUGCACACUCAAAACGUUCAUGGCUUCACAGCCGUCUUGCCAGCCUAUACAUGUCACACCAUGAAGUCUCCCAUCAGUGUAUGUAGUCAACGUGGCGUGGAUGUGCUCCUCGCCUCCUCUGCUGUGUCUGUAUGUUCUGUCUGUACAUGUGACUGUAUUCAGUAUGUUUUAUAUUCUGUACUAUAGUUAAUCCUACUGUACCUGUAGCAUGGCUCUGUUUUUUGGUUCUACAGUUUGCCCUGUGCAUGAUGGAGUGUGUGUGCGUGUGCGUGUGUGUGUAGCAAGCAAGCUAUUUUUUUACACAGAGGUGAUUUACGGUAUGAGCCUGUUUGGGUGCUAUCGUGUGUGCCUAUACUCAGUUUUCCUGAACACUGUGACAACUCUGGCAAAACACGAACACAUUGAGUGAAUGGAAGAGACAAAGAUUUAUCGUCAUGAUUGUUUUUUGUUGUUUUUUAAAAAUUGUUUUUAAGUUUUCCAUUUUGUGAAUUGGACUGAGACGUGGAGACAUGGUGGAGUGGAAAAAAGUAACAAAAAAAAAGUUAAUGCUCUUUUCUUCAUAACAUAAUAAUGUCUAAUAUUCAAUUUGAGUUUUGUAAUAUUUGUAUGUACGUAUGAAAGUUUUGUAAAUUUGUGAUCGUAUGCACGUUUUGGCAUAUGAGUGUAUGUAUCUAAAAAAUUUAUGCUUGUUUCUUUUCGGUUUUGUGUUGCAUGUAGAUUGCUGUUUAGUUUCUUUUGUUUAAACGUUUUGUUUUUCCUGUUUAUUUUUGGGACCAUGUACAAUACUGUAUAACGUGGGCAGGAUCUUGGACCUCAUGCUACAUUGAUAUUAUAUAUGAAUAUAAAAACAUGUUUUCCCUAUGGAGAAAGUUUUAAGUUAUAUAUCGCCUGUACACUUUGGGCUGCCUUUUAGAUCUAACUGUCCACUGUUUAAGAUAACAAUGAUGAUAACGGAUAAAACAUAUUAAUGAUGAAGAAUUAUGCUGAUGAAAUAAUAAAGAUUCUUAAUAAAUCUUAUUACAUUUACAACA